GCUUCACAAAGCGAACGAAAAGAGUUGAGGUAAACAUAACUUGUUUUAUUACUCCUUUAUUCAUUUUCUGCGACAGCAAUGAAGUGGUUAUCGUUGUUCUUGGUUUUCGGGCUACUCGCCUUGAUCGGCAGUAUGGGUUCGUUAGUUGCUGCCGAACCACAUCCUGAACCGCGUGGACGUCCGCCCACCACCUCACGUCGUCCACCAACCACCGAUACUAAUGAUGCCGGUGAACGGCGCUAGCUGGAGGAGAAUGUGAGUGGUGGCGAGAGCAGCACAACGAGUGUGGAGUAUACGGAACGAAGAGAGCAUUUUAAACCGAAACCGAAACCGAUGAAAUGUGCCACACCGUUGAGGAAGGAUCGCCGUAAAAUUGUUGUGCAAUGUUAUGGUGAAGAGAAAUUGCAAUAUGUUGAAAUUGUUUUUGUUUGAGAUAGAAG